CAACACUCAUCACCUCUUUCUCUUUCUUCUUCUCUAUUCUUGUGACUGCAGAACUGAAACAAACCAUCUCCAGGAGCAGAGAGAUAACUCACCUGUCAACCUUAUCAUCCUUGGGUGGAUUACACAACUAAAGACCAUCAUGGCAUGCAAGGACACAUCAUCAAAAAUACAAGACACCAUUGCAAUAAGUACCCGUAUCAAUCCAGGACCUCCUGCAAGUUAUCAGCUGGUAACAAAGAAAGAGAAUCUAGAUGAUGAAGGCCUGCUCAGAAGAUGUACAUUUGGAGAGAGAGAUCACAGUAAGCUCAACAAAACCUUUCUGAUAGUGGGAGAGACAGGAACAGGGAAGUCAACUCUGAUCAAUGCCAUGGUCAAUCAUGUUCUAGGAGUAGAGUGGAAAGAUAAAGUCUGGUUUGAGAUCAUUGAAGGGGAAAAACGAAGUCAAAGUGAAAGUCAAACUACAGCUAUCACUAUAUAUGAAGUCUUCGGGUGUGAGGGCCUGAGAGUCCCCUUCUCUCUCACCAUCAUUGACACUCCUGGGUACGGAGACACCAGAGGGAUCCAAGAAGACCAACUGAUCUCUGGAAAACUGUUGGAGAUGUUUAGGUCUACAGAUGGAAUUCAUCAACUUGAUGCUGUGGGUUUAGUGGUGAAGGCAACUGAGAAUCGACUCAAUGACAGACAGAAGUACAUCUUCGAUGCAGUUUUGUCUUUAUUUGGCAAAGACAUGGAGAAGAACAUUGUGACCCUUAUCACACACUCAGAUGGGAGGCCCCCAAAUAAUGCCCUCGAAGCUAUUACAAGAGCAAACGUUCCCUGUGCCAAGAAUGACAGGAAUCAACCUGUUCAUUUUGCGUUCAACAACUGUCAAUGUGAAGUCUUUGAUGAGGAUGAUGAGUAUUAUAAAGAUUAUGUGUCUAGUCAGAAGACAUCCUGGGACAAGGGAGCAAAGUCCAUGGACAAGUUUUUCAACUAUGAAAUAGAACCAAAAAGUGUGAAGAUGACUGAAGGAGUUCUGAAAGAACGCAAACAACUGGAGGCGUGUGUCAGCAACCUACACGAGCGGAUCCACAUGAUUGAUCUGAAGCAGGAUGAAAUCAAGCAGACUCAAGAAGCACUCUGUAAACACAAGAACGACAUAAAGGAAAACAAGGACUUUACAUAUGCUGUUAAAGAGGCGUACAAAGAAAAGGUUCCUACAAAAGAGGGGAAUGCAACUACCUGCACAGUGUGUGAGGAGAACUGUCACUAUCCAGGCUGCUUUUGGGUCAGUGAUCUCUCAUGGUGCAGUGUGAUGAAGAAGAACUACUGCACUGUGUGUACUGGCAAAUGUCACUACACCGAUCAUGUCAAAGGAUAUAAAAUGUAUGUUUCAAAGACUAGGAUGGUUACAAGGACAUAUGAGGAUCUGAAAAAGAAGUAUGAAUUAGUUGAGCAAGAGAAAGGGAAUGUGAUCAUCAGACUUCAGGCUGAGUUGGAGCAAUUCACUCUCCAGAAUGCCACACUGGUGGAGGAAUCAUACCAGCACCUCAUCAAACUGGAUGAGAUCGCUUUGAAGUCCCUUUCUCUGUCCGUUGCUCUGCAUCUUGGCUUCCUGAUUGACAAGAUGAAGGAGACAGGAGAAACAAAGAAGGUUCAGAAACUGGAGGAGAUGAAGAAGAGAGCUGAGGAACACAAGGGAGCUUUAGAUUACUUUAAAGCUGGUGUGAGUAAAGGGUGGAAGGAUUUCUGGGGAAAAUAAAACUGAGACAUAGUAAAGCAAAGAAGAUGUUGAAAAGAAAAAAAGGAGUGCUGAUGUUAUUCAUGAUUUUUCUAUUCAAUAAAUAUUUGACAGGAGUAGUAGGUUAAGGCCAAAUUCUCUGUGACAUUUUAGAGACACUCUCUUACACACCCCUACACACACAUAUGAAGAAGUUCCACUUCCACACACACACACACAGAGAACAAAGAAGAAUGAACAUUGAGAGAGAAUUGAUAUUGAAAGAAAGUAAGAAAAAGUGAAACUGAGCUGAAAGUAUGAGGAAACAUACAGUGGGGGGAUAUUAAAGGGGGAUUGAAGUAAUGCAGUAAAAUAGUUAAUGUGACACUGUUGUUUAAGGUAUGACGCAUAUAGACUAUGUUUGUUAUGCUUAGAGGAACAAGAUCUUAGGAGGAGGUUGCUAAUGAAAGGCUAUAAUGUUAAGAUGUUGUAAUGAUGAAAUGUUUGUGUUGUUGGACAUUUAAGAUGUAAUGGGAGUAAUACAUUGAGUUGGAGUAAGAUUAUAAUUGGGUGAAGUAGGGAAUGUUAAUGUUUAAAAAUUUCUGUUUAGAAAUGAAUGGUUUAAAAGUUAAUGAUAAUGGAGUGUACUAAGGGUGCUAGCUUGCAUUGGAAAUGACCUGGUCAGAGCGGCUAGGAGGAGACAUCCUGUCAAGGCGGGCAUCCUGUGUAAGCGAACGUCCUGCCUAGGCGGGGAAAGGAGCGAUGUCCACAUUAGGUGUUAACCACUGAAUGUGUCAUCGGGGGUUAGCAGAAAGGAAGAUGGAGGGAAUAAAGGAGGCAUGAUUUGGAGAAGGGGAGAACUCUAUUUGAGCUUGCUGGAAGAACCUGUCGACUGCUGGAAGAAGAUUUUUGCUCUAKCUUUUAAUCAAAAAAUAUAUUUCAAUUUUUAUUAUACUCAUAUUUUGAUUUUGAUUAUACUCAGUUAAGGUAAACUUCUAUGGGGAACCCUUAAGGUUAGCCCAUUGAUAUAAGUGUGUUAAAGUAGUGGUUAGUUUUUAGACUCCAUCUGAGGGACUGAUCAUCCUGAGGGGGAGCCAAAACACUUUUGAUAGAGUUGUAGAAGGUAAGAAACAGUUUUUCUUGUUAUUAAAUAUUGUGCUUCUCAUAAAAUUGUAAUAUACCCAAAAUAUUUUAUUUGCACACCCCAAUAAGGGUUUAUCAAYUUAAUUUGAUGUUUGACUAUCAUUGAUUGGUGAUAUUGAUUUGUGAUUGUUCGAUUGUUUUGGGAGUUUUUAUGCCUGUAAUUUUGAAUAAA